ACCAUCUCGCCAGCCAUGAUGCUCUUCACCACCCUCCUUUCUCUCUUCGUUACUUCCACACUCUGCGCUCCGACGCUUGGCCCACAAGAGCUCAUUGUCAUCGACCCCGAAAUCACCUCGCCGAAAUCGGGCGACAUUUGGAAGGCGGGUACUACUCAGCUCGUCACAUGGAAAACAGACAGCAUUCCACCUGGCUCUGCGAACACCACUGGCCUGCUUCUCCUUGGUCAUCCAUCCACAAUACACCAAGAUGGUAAAGACUACCCGAGCGAGAACCUCGAUAUUAAGCACCCUCUCGCCUCUGGGUUUUAUCUGACUGAUGGCAAUGUGACUGUCGUGGUCCCCAAUUGGAUACGCCCACGAACCAACUACAUGGUCGUCUUGUUUGGCGACUCCGGAAAUACGUCCCCACUCUUCACCAUCACCCAUGGUUCCCAGACACACACCACCUAA